GUGUGAGAGUGUCAGUAGAUGAUCAGCAGAGGAAAGUGAGAGCUGCUGUGAGCUGAUGUCCUGAAGGGCUUUUAAAGAGUCUCUGAGUUUGACAGGAACAUGAAGAUGUUUGUGGUGUUUGUGAUCCUCCUGCACGUUUCCCAGCAUGCCUCGGCUGUGCAGCUGUAUGAGGGAGAGCCGUUUGUCCUGCUGCCCUGUGAGUUUCCCAUUUUCGAUCUGACUAACCCCACAGUGGUGUGGAGUCGCUCCGACCUCAGUCCUCCAACCGUCCACCAGCGUCAGCGUCAAGGAGACGAACUGAAAGAUCAAAACCAGCGUUACAGCGGCCAAACAUCUAUGAAGACUGACGCUCUGGAAACUGGAGACCUCAGCCUGAACCUGACCAACCUCCAACUGUCUGACAGCGCCACCUACACCUGCUCAGUCAAAUCGUUUAAAGGAGAACAGAGGUUGUCAGACAUUCAGCUGCAGGUCAAAGGUCAGCAACAUCUACCAAAAUACAGUUAG